AUGAAGGCUAAAGUGAAAUACAACCUCUUUGAUAAUUUGCUCUCCAACCAUGUACUAAUAUUUUUCUUGAUUUUUCUACUAAAUGCAUUGAUAUUCUUUUCAUUUAUUAAUGGGUUCUUAUUUCCAAGAGAAGGAAUUACUAACAAAUCUGAGGAUUUGGAAACAUUUAGUAGAAAUGUAUUUGGAGAUGAAUAUAUAGAAUCGCUAAAAGAAAAAAAGAAUGUGCAUUCCAUUAUGAAUGCUCCGUAUGAUAGAAUAGUUAUAUUACUUAUAGACGCGCUGAGAUUUGAUUUUACACUAUACGAUCCAAAUUAUAAAAAAGAAAAAGAAGAUGAUGAGUCUAUAGAUGAAGAGAAGAAUACAACAAAUAAUGUGAGAUUUUUUCAAAAUAAUAUGAUGAAUUUGCACAAUAUAUUAAAAAGUGAAAAAGAAAAAACAAGGUUAUUUCGAUUUCAAGCAGAUGCACCUACAGUUACAACUUCAAGACUAAAAUCUAUGGUAAUUGGAUCUAUACCAAAUUUUUUAGAUAUAAAUGAAAAUUUUUCCCCAACUGAUGAUAUACAAGAUAAUUUUAUAGAACAACUUUAUUAUAAUAGAAAAACGGUUACUGCUAUUGGGGAUGAUACAAUGGUAAAAUUAACAAAAAAUGUAAGUAGAAAAUUAGUAUAUGAAAGUUUUAAUAUUUUUGAUUUAUAUUCAUUAGACAUCAAAUCCAAGAAUCAUUUUUAUGAAGAAUAUCCAUUAGAUUAUUGGGACCUCCUCUAUGUUCAUGUUUUGGGUGUUGAUCAUGUAGGACAUGUUGGAAAACCUAAUUCUAGAAAGAUGAAAAGUGUGUUAAAAGAUUUCGAUAUUUUUAUAAACGACAUAGUAGAGAAGGUAAAAUCAGAGGAGAAGAAGAAAACUUUAUUUGUUCUUAUGGGUGACCAUGGUCAAACACAAACAGGAGAUCACAGUGGAUUAAGUGCAGAUGAAACUGAUACUGCUUUAUUUAUGUAUUCCCCCUUAACAUUUAUGCAAUUAGAUAAAAAUAUUAACAACAAUAAUUUUAUUUUAUAUGAUAAGGAGUGGCUAGAUAGAAACAAUUCAGAUUCACCAUAUGCAUCUAGUGCAUGUAUUCCAGAGGAGGAUAAUGCAUGUUUGAUUGAAAGUUAUAAAAAUUAUCAUUCUGCUUUAAAUAAUUCUAAUAACGAUAGAACCUACUUCUAUAAUGUAAGAAACACAAGACAGAUAAAUUUAGUAAGUACUUUGUCAUUUUUAAUUGGAUCUACUAUCCCGUUUUGUAACGUAGGAAAUGUUAUGAUGGACCUUAUUCCAAAUGCAUAUGGAAAGGUGAGUAAUAAAAGUAAUGGUAAAACUGCAGAGGCUCAGCAUAAUACAAAUGAAAAAAAUGAAAACAGUGAAAAUAGUGAAAAUAGUGAAAAUAAAAUUAAUGGGAAUAACAUUUCUGAAAAUGAUGUAGAAAACAUAAAAUUGAAUGAAAUUCAGGAUGAUAGUAAGCACUCAGACUUAUACUAUGAAUUGUUAAAUUUACACUACAUUGCUGAACUUAAUUAUGCCAAUUUAUGGCAAAUAAAUAGGUACCUAAAUGAGUAUGAAAAACAUUAUAGUAUAGUAAAAAAUGAAGAUUAUUUUUUCAUUAAAAAUAAUUGGAAGAAUAUUGAAGAUGAAAAGGAGAAAUUUUUUCAACCAUAUAAAAAGUUUAUGGAUAUUGAAGAAAUCUUAACAAGUGAAAAGGAAGAAUAUAUAAAAUAUAUAAAUAAAAUGAGAAAUUUAAUGGAAAUUACACAGAAAUAUUUUUAUUUUAUCUUUGCUGUUAAGAAACCAUCAUUUAUUCUGUUAUGUUUUAUAAUAAACAUAUUUUUUCUUAUUAUAUUUAAAAUAUUCUAUCUCAAUUCGAAAUUAAAUUAUUAUUACAAAUCAAUUUCAGUAGGCACAUUUAUACUCUUCUUAACAAUUUUGUUCAUUAUGCUAAUUCCACUAGACAUUUAUAACAAGUCCUUAAACUUACUUACGUUUACAUUUUUGUUUGCAUUGUUAGUUGUUGGACAUUUGUUUUCUCGAAAUAAGUAUACAGAUUUUUUCAGAUUUAUUAUGUAUAUAAAAGUAUUUUUAAUAUAUAGUAAUCUUCCAGAUGAAAACCUAAAGAAAUAUACAGCUAUACAUCCUCAACAUACGGAAUCCAUUUAUAAUGAGAAAAAUAAAAAUUUUAACAACAAAUGUCAAGAUAAGGACACCUUUUUUCGAAAAUUCUGCAGAUUUUUUAAAUGCUUGUUUGUAAUAAUUAAGAGAAGUAUUACCAAAAGUACAAAUAUAGUACUUCCACAUGUUUUUAAUAUUAUAAAAUUCUUUUUCACGAAAAUGAAAAAAUUAUUUAAAAUAUUAGUCAAUAACAACUACUUUUUAUUUGUUGUUAUUUGGAGCUCAUUUGAAUUGUCAUACUAUUAUGUCUUUAAUGAGAAACAUUACAUCCACUUCAUUUUAAUUUCCUACGUCUUCUUAUCUCUGUUCAAGAAUGAUUCCUUCUUUUCCUUGCACCUUUUAAGAGGAAUGAUACUUCUCAUCGUUUUGGUUUUGAAUGGAGCAUUGAGUUAUACCCCUCGUUAUUUCGAGCACGAUGUAGAAAAAUUUUACUUAAAAAAAUCCAUUCUGGAAAUGGCAUUGCCAAUUUCGUGUUAUUUAUUAAGCAUAUUAUUAAUAAAUUGUGGUUUAAAUAAAAAGUUGAGAAGAAAAAUAAAAUUAAUAAUGUUAGUAGGGUGGACCCUACAAUUCGCACUUGUAAUUUUAUAUUUCCUUAAAGUAAAUGAACAAGUAAUAUUUUGGAAUCCCCCAGUUAUUUAUCUCAUAACUUUUUUACUGUAUUUUUUCGUUAUAUUAAGCAAAAGUAGUAUAAUAAAAAAAGAAAAAGUAUCAGAAUCUUUUCAAAAAAUUUAUGAAGUCUCUAUCAGUCUCUUCCUCAUCUUGUUUUCCUCACUUCAAUUAUCGUUUAUUGUGUAUAGUAAUACAAAUUUAAGUGUAGUGUUCUUUUUAUAUACAACAUUAAUAUUUUUUUAUUUUUUUUUUGUGAGCACGAAUAAAUCAGAAGGAGAUAUAGACAUGAAUAAUAUUAAAAUCAAAUGGAUUGAAGAGAAUAGACAUAUAGAUAUGUUUACCCAGAUAGAUGAAGAACAAGAAUGUAAUACUGAAAAUAAUCAUCAUAAUCAUGUAAAUACAUGGGUAAAAGAAAAAUUUGAUUUGAAACUUGUGCAACAAAAGUGUAUGUUAUUGGAUAAAUGCAGCAUACUUAACGAAGUAGAUGCUACUCAAAUUCAAAUUUGCAAGUUAGUAAAAAGUAUCCCAUUUUUCAAUAUUAAUGAUACAGAUUUUUAUUUAUUAUCAGCAAUACUUAUUAAAUAUUCCUUUUUUUUAACAGGACAUAAAUUUGUGUUAAAUAGUUUUCCAUUAACUGCGGCAUAUAUUGGUUUUAACAAAUAUGUUUGGCCUAUAAGUCAGCUAUAUAUAUUUAUUCAUGUAUUUUUCCCUAUGUUAUUUUCUCUUAUUUUCAUUCUUUAUGUGUUCAAUUUAAGAAAGAUAAAAUUGUUGACGUCCUUUAAGCAAGUCGAUUUGUAUAAUUUUUAUUUUUACCCCUUGAUUAAUUUUUGUUUCAAGAUCAUUUUCAUAUUCUGCUGUAAGUGUCUUACUUCCUUAUGGGUGGCUUUUUACUUGGAGACGCACCUCAUGCUGUAUGACUAUUUUAUACCGAAUUACUUUUUUUUAACUUCAAUAAAUAUUGUGUUCAUCACUGUUUCUAUUUUAAUACUAUCCCUGACGAAGUACAUAUUUUUAAGAUAG